GUGGCCAGAAGAUUGCCCAGCUUGGCUCGCUCGCGUCUCUGGCUCACCUCUCUCGCUCUCUUCUCUUGUGAAUGCUCGCUCUCUCUCUACCAUUUCUGAAGUCAUUGCUCUCUCUCUCUCUCUCUCUCUGGUUCCCUCCCUGGAGGAGAAGAGCCAGUCUCCACAAACUGAGUCCACUGGAUGAAUCUGCAGUUUCGAGGUUCUCCACUUGAUCUUCUCUUGCUGCAGAGAAUGCCGUGAAUCUGAGCACCUAGACUGCGAUUCCUAGCUUGCGCCAUGGGGAUAUGCGCUUCAAAACCUCCGAAGCCUAACCCUUACGCGACCAGAGAGGAGCGAGACGCCUCAGAAGUCCCUAAGCCUUCGACACCUUCUGCCAAUGGAGUGAAUGCGGAGAAUGCGAAGAAAGAGGAAGUUGAGUCGGUGAAGCGGUCGCCGAUCUUUCCGUUUUACAGUCCGAGUCCGGCGCACUACUUGUUUUCGAAGAAAUCUCCGGCGGUGGCGAGCGCGAACUCCACGCCGAGGAGGUUUUUCAAGCGGCCGUUUCCGCCGCCGUCGCCGGCGAAGCAUAUACGGGCAGUGUUGGCGAGGCGGCACGGGAAGGCGGCAGCUGCGGCGAUUCCAGAGGGGGAGGAGAGUGAGGGCGGUGGUUUGGCGGGGUUGGAUAAGAGCUUUGGGUUCUCGAAGCAGUUUACGAGCAAGUAUGAUGUCGGUGAGGAGGUCGGGAGAGGACAUUUUGGGUAUACUUGCUCCGCCUGGUUUAAGAAGGGAGAGCUUAAAGGUCAGCAAGUUGCUGUCAAAGUCAUCCCUAAAGCCAAGAUGACCACAGCUAUUGCAAUUGAGGAUGUGAGAAGAGAGGUGAAGAUACUGCGAGCACUGACAGGACACAAUAAUCUAGUACAAUUCUAUGAUGCAUUUGAAGACCAUGAAAAUGUCUACAUAGUUAUGGAGUUAUGUGAAGGAGGAGAGCUCCUAGAUAGGAUACUUUCAAGGGGUGGAAAAUACUCAGAAGAUGAUGCCAAGGCUGUCAUAGUACAGAUAUUGAAUGUCGUUGCAUUUUUUCAUCUCCAGGGUGUGGUGCACCGAGAUCUUAAACCAGAGAACUUUCUGUUUUCUUCUAAGGAUGAAAACUCCCAGUUAAAAGCUAUUGACUUUGGGUUAUCAGAUUUUGUAAAACCAGAUGAAAGACUUAAUGACAUUGUGGGAAGUGCAUACUAUGUGGCACCUGAAGUUUUACAUAGAUCUUACAGUACAGAGGCGGAUAUAUGGAGUAUUGGCGUGAUAGCAUAUAUUCUUCUGUGUGGUAGUCGUCCAUUUUGGGCCCGAACUGAGUCUGGAAUUUUUCGAGCUGUCUUAAAAGCUGAUCCAAGUUUUGAUGAAUCUCCUUGGCCUUCCCUGUCUUCAGAGGCAAAAGACUUUGUCAAACGCCUUUUGAAUAAAGACCCCCGGAAAAGAAUGACUGCUGCUCAAGCUUUAAGUCAUCCUUGGAUACGGAACUAUAAUGACGUAAAAAUUCCUCUUGAUAUUCUAAUUUUCAAACUCAUGAAGGCCUAUAUGAGAUCAUCAUCUUUGCGUAAGGCUGCUCUCAGGGCUUUAUCUAAAACGUUGACUGUGGAUGAGCUAUUUUAUCUGAAGGAGCAGUUUGCACUGUUGGAGCCAAACAAAAAUGGCAGCAUCGCCUUAGAGAAUAUUAGGACGGCUUUGAUGAAAAAUGCAACUGAUGCAAUGAAGGAGUCCCGAAUCCCAGAUUUUCUUGCCUCACUGAAUGCACUGCAGUACAGAAGGAUGGAUUUUGAAGAAUUCUGUGCAGCUGCUUUUAGUGUCUAUCAGUUGGAGGCACUUGAUCGUUGGGAACAACAUGCUCGGUGUGCAUAUGAAUUCUUUGAUAAAGAAGGGAACAGGGCUAUUGUUGUUGAGGAACUUGCUUCAGAGCUUGGACUUGGUCCUUCUGUCCCUGUCCAUGCCGUUCUUCAUGACUGGGUAAGGCAUACUGAUGGGAAGCUAAGCUUCCUUGGGUUUGUCAAAUUGUUACAUGGUGUAUCAAGCAGAACCGUUAUGAAGGCACAGUAAAAGCUGUAGGCAUGUUUGAGAUCUGGAAAUCUUCAUUCUUCUCUAGUCCUUGGCCUAAAGAUCUGAUUAGAGGUCAUUAAUGUAUACUGCAUGCACUCUGCAAGUUUAACCAUUCUUGGAGAUUAGGCACACUGGCAAACACGGCCGAUCUCCUUUGAUUCAAAUCUCAAGCCUUUGUCCGACAGAGUUGCCUUGGAGGAGUUUUUAACAAUUCAGAACCUGCAGGUAUGGUCAUUGGUUUCCAUUUGAGAGCCAACGAAAAUUUCCAUUGGCUUUGCUUGAUGUAUGGUUGUAGUUUAAGCGUUCCUGUUCUGGCAAGAACUAUUUCUUUGAGACUCCAUCUGAUGCUUUUAUUCGUUUCCCAUGUCAAUAGUCCCAAGCUUUCUGUUCGGUGUUUUUACAAAAAAAAAAAAAAAAAAGGGCUUUUUAAUGUGCUUCCAAAGGUGGAACAAAACUGCUUUGUUGUUAUCAUGUAUCUUCUCUUCAUGUUUGGACGUUUGUUGGAAACAUUGUAAAGAAUAAAACAUCUCUUGUUAGUGAUGGAAA